UAUGUUAUUUGAACAUCUUGUGUUCCCUCUUCUUUAACAAUUGACUAAUAUCUUCAUCAUACCCUUGGAUCCUUUUCAAUUUGAAAGUGGAGUCGACAAAAAGCUUAUCAUCAUCCUUAACUUCAAUGAUUCAUUUGAUAUAAAUUCAUAGUUUGAUGAUCAGUUUGUCAAUGAACUUUCCCGUGAUGGUUUAUGUAAUUAACCCAUGAAUUCUGACUCCGACGUGGCUGUCAUCAUCUCUCUCUCCCCCCCUCUGAUUUUACUUCUCGUCAAAAUCCAAAAAACCUCUCCAAGCCGCCGUAAAACCGCUGCUUCAGCCGUGAAGCUUAAUUGGGUUGCUCCGUCGCUGACCGAUCGAACGCAGCAAUGGCCGAUGAACCCACCUCGAUUCCUGGCUCCGCCGGCCGAACCGUCCAAGAAUGCGAAGACAUGAUUCGGAAGAGCCUCCGGAUUCCAAUGGUGAAAUUUUUGAGGGAGAAUUUGGAGAAAGCUGGGUGUGGAAUUGGUGACAAAUUCAUCAAGGCCGUUCACUGUGAUGGCAGUUAUAGCGGGGGCUUCACUCCCGGUAAAGGGAUACAGGUGUGCAGCAAUCAAAUGAACAUUCAAGAUGAGGUCAAUCAAGUGGUCAUCCAUGAACUUAUCCAUGCUUUUGACGAAUGCCGUUCUGCAAACUUGGACUGGACUAAUUGUGCUCACCAUGCUUGUAGUGAGAUUCGGGCUGGCCAUUUAAGCGGGGACUGUAACUACAAGCGGGAGUUGCUCCGUGGCUUCAUGAAAAUUAGAGGUCAUGAACAAGAAUGCGUACGAAGAAGGGUCAUGAAAUCUAUGAAGGGCAACCCAUACUGCUCAGAGGCUGCUGCAAAGGAUGCCAUGGAAGCCGUCUGGGAUGUCUGCUAUAAUGAUACACAACCUUUCGAUAGAGCACCUUGAGAACACAUACAUUCAUGGCCACCAGCCUAUGGUCAAAACAUAUGGAUGCUCAAUUAUACCUUCUUGCUUGAUUGACAACAGAGAACACACUGUUCCGUUGGAAGGGCCAUAGGUUCAAACCGGAAACAUAGCUUAUAUUGUGUCUCGUUUACCAUGUAGUUCAACUGGAUGAUCUUUCCCUACUUUGACCUUCAAAGGGAAAGCAACCCCGAGCUUGUCUUGGUUUCGACAUGUUCCUUACUGGAAUGGCAACCGGGCAAUUAUUUUGAUUCAGAUAAGUUUGAUCAUGUGUUGUAAACUUUUGCAAUAUUUUGGUGGGCUCUCGCAGUUUUAUGUUGGUACAAACAAGUGGCCGUUGCAUUCAUUUUCAUGAAUGAGAAUGACAGCCUCGGAGCUCCUGCAGAUGUUUCUUGUGUACUGUACUACUUUCCUUUGCUUGCACCUAGAAGAUUUUCGUCUGGUUUUGUUAAUAGAUGUCAAAGUAGGGUCGGCUUCAAUCUGAUCUCUGGUCCUAGAACUGCACUGUUCUCUACAGUACAAAGUAGGGAUUGGAGGGCAAAUGAACCACGUGAUGGCCAUCGGCCAAGCAGCACUUUACCCUUUUUUUUAUAGAAACUAAGCAACUUUGGAAGCUUAGAAAGAACAAAAAGAAAUCCCAAGCAUGUUCCCAUAUGCACACACAACUAACAAUCUUCCCUUUUUCCACUCCUAAAUCGAACAUGCCUGGCUAUUCUAAGAUUCACCUAUGUUUUGAUCCAAAUUCUUCUGUAGUGUUAAUCCACUUGGUAUCUUUAAAUGUAGAUAAAGGGCUGCAGCAAGACUGCAAACUUUCUGUAAACUGAGAGCAGUUUCUGUAAUUUCCAGGUGAGCAGCAGCAUCAGCUGAAAGGAGCUGCUGGUGACAGAGCUGAUGUGGCAGCUCCAUGGUGGUCAUCCGAGGAUUACUCUUCGCCUCACAAGCGAAGGCAUGUUAACAAUGGCUUCGAGGAACCUUAAACAAUGGUUGAUGACUCGAUGAUGCCUCCUUCCAUGACUAGUGAUUGUAAAUGUAUGGUGUUAUUUUAUAUUCUCUUUCAAAGUAGCAAACUUUCUGGUGCAGAAUGCUGUUCUGGUCUUGUCUGAACAAGGGAUUGUUUGGAUUCUGUGAAUCUUCCAUUCUGCUCUAGCCUGCCGAUCCCCUUGCCUGGAAUCCUGCAAUCUGUCAAAUCACAAAGUUACCAUAGAAAUUCUGAAAUUCUGAGAAAACAUUUCAGGUUCCUGGAUCUUUUUCAUCAUCACUAAUUGUAGUCUACUUUUGGUGGCCGGAAAAGCUAAAUCCCUAGUGUUCCAUGUUCCAACAUAAGUUAUGUCAGCGUCCCAAUUUCAGCUUGUUCAACUGCCUUCCUACUUCAAAUGGUUUCCUACUUCUAAUUAAGUUUUAAAUUUCUUAAGUUUGAAAUCGAUCAUUUAAGUCUAGAACUAUCAUAAAUAAUCUGAAAGAGAUAUCAUACUCUAAUUCUAUGUUUAAUAGAUCAUUUUUUCUUACUUUUACAUAGAGUAAGCAUUAAUCGAGAUUUAUGCUCAAACUUUCACCAGAUAUCUUAUGAAGAACUAAGAAGCAAAUAGAAAGACGAAUUUUAAUAAUCAUAAUGUAAGUUAUAUUAGUUUACGGCGAUAUACAAGUUAAAAUAAUAGUUCUUGCAGAUUACUUCAUUCCAUUAUAUAGGUACUAGAUAAUUGGUCCCCACUUCGUAGCGGUAAUAAUGAUGAAUUGUGUAAUUCACACCAAAUUAGAUUGAUUGAAUCAAACUUCUUUUCGAACUCGAACAAACCAAAUAUGAUUCUCUCUAAAACGAAAGAAAGAGCAUACCAAAUCUUAAUUGACUUGACCAAAUUGGACUAAAUAGUUUUUCAAUUUGAUUAUGGUAUUGAUAUAUUGCAAAUGGUGGUACCACUAUAGCAUCUAUAAAUUCACGCUAAACAU